GUAUAAAACAAGCUCAGCUCUACAUUACAUUACAUUCUGUGCUUGUCUACCCUGUACAACAGGUCUCCCAUCCCUGUCUCCUAACACAGUUUAAUCAUAAUGGAGUACAUGACAAUUGUUGUCAGAUGGCGCCGUACACCACAGCCCCACAUCAACUUCAUCGCGGAAGAAUUUGCAAACUGGCACAUAAGCAGAUGGACAUAUGUAAACCAUGGCACUCUAAAUAUGACGGUCAUCUGCGUCGAAGUACCAUCUAAACUUGCUCCCAAAUAUCUAGACCAGAUACUGACAGUAAUGACAAAUAUGUGGGUAGAACAGAAACAUAAUGCAAUGGAGGACUGGGGGACGUUCAAUACAUUGUUGGAAGAAAGAAGUAGAUUGCCCGGUGGCACCAACAAGUAUAGUGUCACACACACCAACAGUACGCCAGGUGUAAGCUUCUACAACCAUGUGACAAACACCUUGGCAGUAGCUAAGGGGUGCCAGUGGACAAACAAGCGGAAUCUGACAAUGGCUGACAGGAUGACAUUAUUUAAGAUGUACUGCAAACAUGUAAGUGUUUAAUCAAUACAUUGUUGUGACAUUGCUGAGAUGUGAAACUGUAACAUGUGUUUUGGUAUACCCCUUACUACAGUGGUUUGCACAUGUCACCCACAGGAACCUCACAGUGUGACGGUGUUGGUCCCGGGGUCUGGGACCAAGAUGAUAUCAGUACGAUGUGAAGAGCCCCAGAGAAUAUACGACUUGCUGAAGAGGUAUGGGCUGAAAUGCUCCAAUGUCUGGGAUUCAACAAUAGCCCUGUCGGCCAGAUCUCCAUGUAGAGCCCUGUGUGACCACAACAUGAAUAUAGUUAAUGUAAACAGGAUCCCCUACACCGACACAUUUGGUGAACAACAACCUGAUGUGUCGACCUUCUACCACAACAUGAAACACGUCCGAAUGAAAACCGAGCGCAAUGUACUGAGGCACAAACCCUACACCUUGUCUCGGCCCGCACCAACAGCUAUACCACCACUGCAAUUGUCAACGUCAACAGUCACUACCGAGGUCGAGUGCAUACCAGUUGCCCUGUACUACAACAACGACCUGGCGAAACUGAGAGAUGUCAUCAAGGCAGACGGUCGAUUUGUCCAGUGUGUAGAUCCAGCCUUCAGGGAUAGCGAGACAAGAGAUAGAGAUCCACACAUGGUGGAAGUGGAAAAUUCCAACACAGAUCUCAUAAUGGGCCCAGGGCUUAUAGAUGUAUCGGAUGACGAAGCCGAGGACACUGGAUCGGAGAACCCAUUUACCUGCUUCUGCUGCUACGCCACUGCUAACAUAUACCUUGAAUGUGGCCACCUGUGUUGUACAGCCUGUAUACAACAACUGAAGACCGAUGAUGGUGGUGGCUUCGCAUGCGGUAUUUGCAGGAAAGCGUCCAGCUUAUACAAGCCCAUGGAAAUAACACACUACUCUGACUGUAGGUGCACAGCAUGCUUGAAGCAGAAGCAAUGGGUCUCGGAUUGUGGCCAUUUAACAUGUACAUGCUACACCGUAAGAUGUAUUAUAUGUUCUACAUCAAUCACUGGCCUUCGAAGACUGUUUACUUCGUAAGGAGUAAAAGAGGAUACGUUGAGUUGAAUUGUAUUUGUAAGAACACAGUCAUGAGGGAUAUCAUGAGGGGAUAUAAUGUAGUCAUAAGAACUGUCAGUGGAAUGGCAAAACUGUAUAUACUGUUGUAAAUACGCCAUGUUGUACAAUACAUUGUAAACAGUACUCAGAUAUGUGACCUGUUAUCAAUAAACAACUCUGGACACCUUA